AUGGCCGAACCGCAACCAAAGACUGUCCAUGAGGGCGCCACCGGCGACGUCGAGGAUGAAGCCCAAAAUACUGCCAAGUCAGCCGAGGAUCGCAAGGCCGCCGCCGCCAUGGCGAGCUUAGAUGCGCGGGGAGAUGAUGCUGGCGCUUCAGGUAACACCGUUGACCAGGACGCUGUGAGCAAAGUCGUGAAGAGCCUUGGAAGCGGUAGUGCUGCCGAGAAGAAGGAAAUCAAGAAAGUCAAGGUCGAUCCUGCUGAUGUUACGUUAUUGGUUGAGGAAUUAGACCUUACCAAGCCGAAAGCUACUGAGUUGCUUAAGUCGCACGAUGGUAAUGCAGUCGAGGCUAUGAAGGCUUUUGUUUCCACCUGGCAAUAA